UCGUUUUUGUUUUUCGUUUUAGUUUAGUUUCGGCUCCUCUGUUUAUUUGCAAGCCAUCGCUCAAACCGCCCGCAUCGCCAGCCCCGCCCCCUGCGUUUCACAGCCCCCACCAAUGGACGUCCGCACGAAGUGCACCAGCGAGGAGCCUCUGGAGUCUCUGGGGCAGGACCUCCCGGCGGGAAGCCACCGCCUGCUGCAGUUCACCAACUGCCGCCUGGUACGUGGCCACCAGAUCAUCCACGAGGAUCUGUGGGUGCGCGACGGUCGGAUAGUGAAUCCGGAGCCCGUGUUCUUCGACGAGCAGGCCAAGGCCCACUGUCGCAUCGACUGCGGAGGCGCCAUCAUCGCACCCGGCUACAUCGACCUCCAGAUCAAUGGUGGCUAUGGCGUGGACUUCUCCUACGACACGGAGACCAUCGAGGAGGGCGUGGCCACGGUGGCACGCGGUCUGGUCAAGAGCGGGGUCACCUCCUUCUGUCCCACGCUGGUAACCUCGCCCAACGACAGCUACCACACCAUACUGCCGCGCAUUCCCGCAGAGGUUCCCAAAGGAGCCGGCAUCCUGGGUAUCCACGCCGAGGGUCCGUUCAUCAAUCCACAGAAAAAGGGCGCGCAUCCGGAGCACUGCAUACAGACCAUUGAUAAGGGACUCAGCACGCUGAAGGACACGUACGGCUCCCUGGAACGCAUCAAGAUCAUCACCCUGGCGCCGGAGAAGGUCACCGACCCGGAGGUGAUUGGCCAGCUGGUGGAGCGAGGCAUCACCGUGGCCCUGGGCCACUCGAUGGCCUCGCUGAGCGAUGGAGAGAGGGCCGUGCAGCAGGGCGCCACACUGAUCACGCACCUGUUCAACGCCAUGCUGCCGUUCCACCACCGCGAUCCCGGCCUGGUGGGCCUUCUGGCCUCGGACGCGGUGCCGCACGGAAGGACCGUGUACUUCGGCAUCAUCUCGGACGGAGUGCACACGCAUCCGGCGGCGCUGAGGAUCGCCUACCGCACGCAUCCGCAGGGCCUGAUCCUGGUCACGGACGCCAUAUCGGCGCUGGGCCUCGAGGAGGGAGUCCACCACAUCGGACAGCUGCCGCUGCAGGUUAAGCAGGGCAAGGCGUUCAUCGCCGGCACGGAAACGCUGUGCGGCAGCAUCGCCCCGAUGGACGAGUGCGUGCGUAUCUUCCAGAAGGCGACCGACUGCUCCGUGGUCUACGCCAUCGAGGCGGCCACCUUGCAUCCGGCACAGUGCCUGAAGAUCGACCACCAGAAGGGCACCCUGGACUUUGGCUCGGACGCGGACUUCAUUCUCCUAGAUGACCAGCUCCGGGUGCUUUCCACCUGGAUCGCGGGUGUAUGUGUUCAUAGGACUGCCAAGUAGUGCAUCGAAUGUACGACUGUUGCAAUUGUUUUUAUUUACCUGAUGCAGGAUGUAUUUUAUACCGAAGAUUCUCCAAUUAAAUUG